GCAGGAGGUGAACGAGAUGUAGCUGCCCCACUUUUGACAAGUUUACGCUCUGCCUUGGAAAGAUCGUCCCCUGACCUCCGUCGCAGUGUCGCCAGCCGUCCCUCCGAGUGGCCUUCACAGUCGCAACUGCCUAAGACAUCUGGGAGGUUCCGCAAGACAGUUCCAAUUCCACCUGAGGGCUGCCGACAAGCAGGGUACAAGUUCCGCUGCUUUGCGUCUCGCCGAAAGUGCCAUUAAGCAGAUGCCUGACUUGCUCUCCUUGGACGACCAUGAGAUGAACUUCAUGGACGAGGGGGCAGCAAGAAGAGCUGUUCAAAACGUUCAACACUUGAGCUCGCCUGGAGAGGAGGCCGAUUCUGUAGACCUUGCUCUCGCAUUCCAAAACACCAGUAUCUUAGGGUCUGAUGCCGGAGAAGCGAUACAGAAGAUUCUACACAGCGACAGAAUCAAUGAAGGGAAGGGCAUGGCGGAAGCCGCCGAGAGAGGAAAGUCUUACGGAGUUCCGCUAUGGAAACCAUAUUCCAUCGAAGACAUGGAUAUUGAUCUGGCACCCACCUCAAGACCACCGUCUGGAUACGCAUCCCCCAUUACCAUGCUUCUCGACCAGUUGAUUUGCAAGUUGGAGUUAUUGCUCAACUCGGGCUUGCUCAUCAACGUACCUUCUCAGGGGCUGCCCUCCGUACUGUCCUCACUGUUCACUAAUGGGCUUUGCUCUUCUACCCCCGUGGCUGAUGCCACCUACAACGCCCUGCGCGACAUAUGUUCGCACCGCAAGAGCGAAGUCGUCUUUCCCUUCUCUACUGUGAAGAUAGCACUUUUACAACUUGGUGCUUGUCCUUCCAUUUUCGAGCAAGUUGGGUGGCAGGUCAAUGAUACUGCGCAAGAUCGGUACUUCUCUCCGGAAACCCGCUCCAAGUUGUUAGUGCGAUUCAUCGCAACCAUCGAGAUGAUGGCAAGCUUGGCGGCUGUAAUGCCGAGCGAGCUAGCAGAUUUCGUUCUGUGCAUAAUUCUCUUGGCACUAGACCCCGUUACCCCCCACGCUCUCCACGUGCACCUAAAUUCCGCAAUGGAUGCCAUUUGCACCCGCAGUAUGGGACACUCCACUGUACUAUGUUCUAUCCAUCAGAAAGUGUUAAUUUUUGCCUCCAAUCUCAACUCAGCGAAUAAAGCUCGCCUGGUCUCGUUGUUUAGUAGUGGUGGCCCUCAAGCAAGACUUAUCGGGCAAUGGCUUGCGUACUGCUUGCUUAUUCCAACAACAGCACCGCUGAUGGAUCAACUUCCUCCGCUUGAGCCGCUCAUACACCUGCUCACCCCGCCUUCCGAUUCCGGUCAAUUAUUUGAUGUGGCUAACGAGAAUACAGAUUACGAAGAUCUUGACCACUGUGUCGCAAUCCUAGCUGUCGCACUCACUGAUAUCGCGCCGUACGUUCGAGAAGAACGAUCUUUGGUGCGACAGCCUAGCAUCGCAUUGGACGAAGGUACUCCUAGCAAUGCCAAAAAGUUCCACACGCCACUCGAGCGACUUCACUACGCCCUCGAUGUUCUACGAGGCAAGAUAGUGGACACCCGAGCCGCCCAUCUCGACCGCUCGAGGGUUAAAGCGACCAUUCAACGCCUCGCGAUGCGUAUUUAUUACGACCGCCUUGCGAUCAAGGGAAUGUCCUCAUGUGGGCGGGCAUCAACUCUUCAAAGCUGGUUUUCGCCUUCGCGCUGAAGGACUCCGUUCCAUACAUCUGCUGCUUAGUCUUCUUUAUAAUUGAGCGCGUAUACGUCGACGACUCUAAUCAAUGUCACCUGCA